CCCAGUGGUCUCAUUUCGCUGAAGAAAAUAGUAGACGUUUGAUGUGAUAGUGAAUUUCUGUAGUAUGGUAUUAAGUGGGCAGACUCUGGAUAAGAUAUGCCACAUGACUCUGCCUUAGUUUUCUCAUCUCUGAAUGAGGGACAGCAGUAAUACACAGUGGCAUACAGUCGUGACAAUUGCUUGAGAAAAUUACGUACGACGUGCUUAGAACAAUGUCUAGCAGGUAGUAAAACACACAUGUCAGCUAUCGGAUUUUACCUCUUGUUUUUUAAAUUUGUUUUCCUAUUUUCCUUCUUCUAAAGUUUAAUAUUUUAAAGUGCAUGCUGGGGAGAGGGAGGAGGGAAGGAAAGAGGAGUGAGACUCAGGCCUCAUCCCAUUCCUUCUAACAGUAUGUGGAGAAAAUCAGUCUUCAUUGUACAAGUGUAGGCUUUAGAGUAACUGCAGAUGAGAGGGAGAGGAUUUAGUGCCUGACUCUGGGUAUUUGAAGUAUCACAUGGAGAAAAAUGCUGACUCUGGAGCACAAGCUGUUAACAAGGGCAUUAGAAACAGGCUGGCUUGGCAAGAAAAGGGGUACUGCUCACAGAGUGUUAGAAAAAAAGACUGCCUUAGUAAUUGCCUGGCAAGACAGCUCGGAUGUGGAGGAGGCUGCGGAGUGAAUCGAAAGGGACUCAGCUGAGCAGAGGACAGCACUGCAACUCUCAUCUUCCAAGAUACCAAGUCUGAUUUUUUUCAUUUUAAAUAAAUUAUCUUGAUUUCUUUUUAAGCUUGAAUGCUUUCAGAGAAGGGGAAACCGUACGUAGAUAUCCAAGGUUUAACUGCCUCAACCAUGGAAAUCCUGUUGGACUUUGUGUACACAGAGACCGUGCAUGUGACGGUGGAGAAUGUCCAGGAGCUGCUCCCUGCAGCCUGCCUGCUUCAGCUGAAAGGCGUGAAGCAAGCCUGCUGCGAGUUCUUAGAAAGCCAGCUGGACCCUUCUAACUGUCUGGGCAUCAGGGACUUCGCUGAAACUCACAACUGUGUUGACCUGAUGCAAGCAGCUGAGGUUUUUAGCCAGAAGCAUUUUCCUGAAGUGGUGCAGCAUGAAGAAUUCAUUCUUCUCAGUCAAGGAGAGGUGGAGAAGCUCAUCAAGUGUGAUGAGAUUCAGGUGGAUUCUGAAGAGCCGGUCUUCGAGGCCGUCAUCAACUGGGUGAAGCACGCCAGGAAGGAGCGGGAGGAGUCCUUGCCCGACCUGCUGCAGUACGUCCGGAUGCCCCUGCUGACCCCCAGGUACAUCACGGAUGUCAUAGAUGCUGAGCCUUUCAUCCGCUGUAGUUUACAGUGCAGGGACCUCGUUGAUGAAGCAAAGAAGUUUCAUCUGAGGCCUGAACUGCGCAGUCAGAUGCAGGGACCCAGGACAAGGGCACGUCUGGGAGCCAAUGAAGUGCUUCUGGUGGUUGGGGGCUUCGGAAGCCAGCAAUCUCCCAUCGACGUGGUGGAGAAGUAUGACCCUAAGACUCAGGAGUGGAGCUUUUUGCCAAGCAUCACUCGGAAGAGACGCUACGUGGCCUCAGUGUCCCUUCACGACCGGAUCUACGUGAUUGGCGGCUAUGACGGCCGUUCUCGCCUCAGCUCGGUGGAGUGUCUAGACUACACAGCAGAUGAGGAUGGGGUCUGGUAUUCUGUGGCCCCUAUGAAUGUCCGGCGAGGCCUGGCUGGAGCCACCACCCUAGGAGAUAUGAUCUACGUCUCCGGGGGCUUUGAUGGAAGCAGGCGUCACACCAGUAUGGAGCGGUAUGACCCAAACAUCGACCAGUGGAGCAUGCUGGGAGACAUGCAGACAGCCCGGGAAGGUGCCGGCCUCGUGGUGGCCAGUGGGGUGAUCUACUGUCUAGGAGGAUAUGAUGGCUUGAAUAUCUUAAAUUCGGUUGAGAAAUAUGAUCCCCAUACAGGACACUGGACUAAUGUCACACCGAUGGCCACCAAGCGCUCUGGUGCCGGAGUAGCCCUGCUGAAUGACCAUAUUUAUGUGGUGGGGGGAUUCGAUGGUACAGCCCAUCUUUCUUCUGUGGAAGCCUACAACAUUCGCACCGACUCAUGGACAGCGGUCACUGGCAUGACCACCCCGCGGUGCUAUGUCGGGGCCACGGUGCUUCGGGGGAGACUUUAUGCAAUUGCAGGCUACGAUGGCAACUCCCUGCUGAGCAGCAUUGAGUGCUAUGACCCCAUCAUCGACAGCUGGGAGGUCGUGACCUCCAUGGGAACCCAGCGCUGCGACGCUGGCGUGUGUGUGCUCCGAGAGAAGUGACCGGUCCGAGAGACAGUUUGCAGAGAACCAAGGAUCCUUUCCAGGAUGUGUUUCUCAGUGUGCACAGGGUGAUUACAGGCACCAGCACCGUGGUGAUUGUGCUCCUUUGACACGCCCACUCGCGCUGGUGGUUGUCCCCGAGGAGGGUGGGCUGCACACCCUCAAGGGCGGAGACUGCACACUGAGUGGGCGUGAGAGGCCAGACCACCUCUCCUCCUGGCCGCGGGAGCACUUUCUCCGUGUCUCUAACCCAGCGUGCGCUUGGGAGGAUAUACAUUUAAGUUGUGCCUCGUGCGUUGCAGAGAAUUAAGGUGAGUACGAGCUCCAGGGUACGGGCAGUAUCCAGCCUCGAUGACUGUGAAGGGUACCAACUCUCGAUUUACAGUAGCAAAACUAGUCUACAGGUAGGGGCAGCACAGCUCUGUUCUGGAGGAGAACAGGGAAGAGCCCUGUCAAAACUCUGGGGGCCUGGGGAGAGGGGGACAGGGUUGGCGUCCAAGCUGGGUGUAGAGUGCGGGAAGGGAGCUGGACGUGGUGGAACGUGACUGAACCUGCCACACCUGGAAGGCUGAGGAGGGAGUGUUCUUCGAGGGUCUUUCCGUGGUGCCCUGGUAUGUCUGGGCCCUGGAGACUGAGAGGGUAACAGAGCCAGCACUCGUGAGGUGAGCAGAGGUGGAGGAGAAGUGGGCCUGGGACAAACCGGAAGUUCCUGUGAUCCCAUUGUUGUCCUCCCUGCCGCCGCUAUCCACCCCGGGAAGGUCUUCCUCUGUUGAAUCACGUGUUACUUACUCCACUGUUGGGUGUCCAUACUGUUUAGAGGGGGAGCGGUGGGGGCGGGGGUGGCAGCUGCCUGGAAGUUUAGCUACCCGAGUCCUCCCUCGUUCCUUUAAGGGCACACUUCUGCUAAGGAGUGGUUUUCACUGCUGUUUUGUACAUGUAGUCCUUUCCUGUUAGGACGCCCCUCCUGUCUUUAGAGUGGAUUUUAUUCAUGCCAGGACACAAUAACCAACGACAACCAAAAUCCUUUUGUUAGUCUCAAUACACGCUGUCCCUGCUUCUGAGCUGCCCUCCAAGGCUCCCUGUGCUAUGCAGUGACGUUCCUGCUCUGUGGGUAUUGGGCGUGUGGGGGUGUGAUCACCUAAACAAGGAUGCAUUUUCCCUUUGCUGGGACAUUCCCUUUUUGCCUCUUUCCCUGAGUUGUAUUGACCUGAAGUUCAUUUUGUUUGUAUUUUUUUAAGAAAAUAUUAAAAACCAGUGGUCUCAAAUGCCUGUAAGAGAGUUUGUGGCAAACCAGCACCGCCUUGCAGGCAUUUUGGAGGACCAGGCAUAGGGAUCAGCUGCAGGUCGUGUCUCUUCAACC